CAUGGAGAAAAAGAAAUUCAAAAACUUUCUAAAUAAACAGGAGAUACUCUUUUUCGAAAUUAAUGUUUAAAAUUUCUUUUUCAAGAUGCAAAAUUUCAGUUAAAGACAUGCUUAGUUGAACCUUAUACCUACUUUUAGAACAGGAUAGUCUGUUCUAUCUAAAAGUUUUAAAACCUGGGAAAGUCAAAAUAAAAUAAAUCAAGAUGAGUGAAGAGAUUAUGAACUUGUCGGUCUUCGAUACCCUGUGUAUCAAGAAGCCGACAAAGUUGAGUAACAUACUGGAGAGUACGCCGAAGCCUCCUUUUUUUAUCGAAGCAGAUGAUGUCCCGCCUUUGUUGAAGUCGAGGCGUUUAGAUGAAAAAAUACCUCUAAUACCAAUCCCCUUGCGAUAUAAAACAGCCUACACAAGGGGACAUCUUGGGGAGCCGGCUGUUGGACAAAUUGAUGUGAGUGACAUGGUCAUCGAUGACCCCUACAACUAUGAAAUGGAAAGGAAAUACGAAGAAGUGCAUGAUCCAGCACUCAAAGAUUUCUUUAACAAACCUGAAAACAUCAAACGACUCAAGGAUCUUAAGAUAAUAAACAAUGAGCAUGAAAUUUUGUGUUCGCUCAAGGAUUAUAACAACUUCAGGAGAUACUUGCAUAGGAAAAACAUCCCCUUUGUUAAAGAUUUCAUAAAUAGAGAGGUAUGCGACAAAAAAGAGAAAAGAAGAUUCAGUCAAUUUAUAAGGAAUUCCAAAGUCGCCUACCAUUCUGCAAAAAGGGCCGACCGUGUCAGGACGGCUAAGUCCGAAGCGGAUGCCAAGAAGUACCAAUUAAGCGAAAUGAAUCCAAGGUGUAAAUCAAGACUUGAGAGAAUGGUUGUCGCCAACGUUUUUCACAACAAAAUGAUGGAAUACAAGCAAGAAGAGCUCAGAAGGAAGGGCAGACUUUACAAGGAAAAAAUGAAAACCUAUUUCCAACAGUAUGAACAGACGACUAGAAGAUAUAAAAUUGACUAUUACAAAAAGUGUAAAGUAUUAGAUGAACAAGUUUCCAAAAGGAUUCAGACAAUAAAGGAAAAGAGACAAGCAGCUAGGUUACGUUAUAAUGACAAAAGAUGGACGGCACGAAGAGAACAGCAGAUUGCUUUGAUUAAGCAAAAUGCUUUUCAUUUAAAACAAUAUAAGCGCUAUUUUGAAACAAUGAGUCUGAGGAGGAAGUGGGGAUUUAAUGAAGCUCUGUUUGAUUUAAAUGAACUUGAAGAUUUAUCAGAAGAAGAUAUAGAAGUGACUGAGAGCAAGGAGAAGUUACACGCAGAACUUAAAUACUCAGAUGAAUUCAAACAAGCGCUAAACGGUGGAAAAUUUCAUAUCGUUCAGUUGCCUGAGAGUAAGUACAAAGCUUCAAAGGCUCUUAGAAAGUACAUAAGGCAGGAGGAAACGCCUUUGGACAGAAUGUUGAAAAAGACCGUGCCUCGUGCAGUCAAAGAGGCAGUGUCACUAACAUUCAGGAGAGCCGUCUUUUUGUACGCGUUUAAAGAGUUCUAUCAAAAUAUGCUUGAGAGCGUCGAGGAAGCAGAAGCGAGUGCUCUUAAAAUCAGAGGAAAACCUGAUUUAAGGCGUGUCUUGAUAGACGAAUUUGCUAAAUUUGGCCCAAGAUCAAACAUUCCGAUGGCAUCAAUCGAAAGAAGCCUUUGUCUUAGAUUUGACGAAGAAGGUAAACCAGUUAAAUACCCUUGUGUCCAGUGUUGUGAAAAAGGAGGCGUAUGCUGUAUACCGGCCAAAAGGUACAAACCGAAAAGGAGAUUGGCAAGCUGUUUCUAUUACAACUGUCCUCUUUGUGAGCCCGAGCUGUGCUUAAAAAAAUCAAAAUCAAAGGCUGAAAAAAAAUCGAAGGCUGCAGUAGAUUCUAAAAUGUCUGAAACGGUUGAGAAGGCGUCAGAGGAAAGUACACAAGUGGUCCCGACGCAAGUCACUAAGGUAGAUGAAAAUCCUGAACAAGACCAGUCUGCUGACAGUGUUGUUGCUCAUCAGAAAGAAAGUGCUUUUGAAGUACAAGCUUCAACUGUCCAACAACAGCCUAUGGAUGAUGCUGUAAAACCGAAAGUUAAAGAACACUCAAAAAAACAUAGGCGCAAGACUAAAACGGUUCAUUCGAAUGAAAAACUUGACAGUAAACAAACAUCUGAAGCUUCGUCAAAGAAGGUGGACAAAUUACACUUUAAAAGAAUAUCUCACAAGUCAGAAGAAAAUAUGUUCAAGUCUGAUGUUCAGGUUACACACGAAGUUGAAAGUUCACAUAAAAUAACAAAAAAGAAGAAGACUUCGAAAAAAUCAUCAAAAGCAUCGAAAAAAUCAUCAAAAGCAUCAAAAAAAUCUAAAAAAUCAACUAAAACGGUUGUGAAGAAAGGUAAGAAAGAUGGUAAGAGAAAGACUAAAACAGUCAAGCUCUUAAAAAUGGAACAACCAAAUACCUUUUCACAGUUCUCUUCAAAUAUUUCAAUAUCUAACAUUCAGGUUGGACAUGUUUUAAACAAUUCACCAAAGAAGCUUGAAGCACCUCAUCUUUUGAAAAUUGAAAAUACACAAAAUCAAAAAUCUUCUAGAAGUUUUGAAAAGAGAGAGGAUAAAUUAAAUUUCACAUUGAAAAUUUUAGAUGAUGAAGAUGAAGAAACAUUAGAUAAAUCAGAGACGACCACAAAAACAAAAUGUAAAUUCAAAUCUACAAAUAAAAUUGAUACAACAAAAAAAUAUAAACCAGAGCCCAAACUGAAUGAUGAUGAUGAUGACGACGAUUCAUUCUAUGCAAAACGUACACUUUACAAUUAUAGUAAAUUGUCUGAUUUAAACAAAGUAAUGCAGUAUAGUCCUUUACUCAGAUCUCCAAAAAUACCAAAAUAUAAAGAAAGUAAAGAAACAGAUGAUACACAAAGUUAUAGAUUCCAUUGUAUUCUUCCAGUAGUACCUUCAGAUGAGAGUAUAACAUUAUCAAAUCAACCCAGUAAAUCAUUGAAGUUGGAUAAACAAAAGACCAGUGAGGUAAAACAAACCCCAAAUAGCCAUAACACCAAAAUAAAUAAAAAUAAGGUCGUGUCUAAAAAACAAAGUAAAAAAAAUGAGAUUGAUGCAAGCAACAUAUCGACAGAAAAACAUAAAAAAGAAAAACAUGCACUGAGUAAUUCUGAGUAUUACAAUUCUUUCUUUGGUGACAAAACCUCAAAUACAGACGGAGAGAGUUUUUUCGAAACUGACAUGGAAGAGUCUGAAAUUUUCACUACAAGGUCGAGCCGACCUGCUAGUAAUUGUUUUAAUAUGGGCCAAGGUGACUGCUCGAGUCUAAACGCGGAGAACGAUCAGUCGGAAGGAAUGGGGAAUCUUGUAGGAAAAUUGCGUUUAAAAAGUUUAAACUUUCCCUUAGACAAACGAAGAAUAUGGUAUAUACCAACAGGUGAUUCCGCCCACUACGCUACUCUAAAAGGCAACGUGGUCAAGUUCUUCUGUAUUAACAACAACUGCAAUAGAUGUUCUCAGCAUUUUGGAUCACCCAUAAUUGAUGUACCAAAACCUACAUACAUCCCUAUCAAGUAUGAAACAUCAAAUGUCUGUAUCAGGAAACUUAAAAAAAAAUAUCAACACAUGCACAAAAUAGAAACUUCUCUUAGUGACGAUUAUACAUCCAAGACUGCUUGUCUCUAUGACCUACAAGGUUUUCCUGAUGUUGCCAGUGCAGAGAGAGGAGUGCAAUGCAGUGAUGGUUUGUUACAAAAGGAAGCUCAGCUUUACACAAAAGGAACAACCUAUAACAAACAUAAAACAAGCACCAUAACGUUAACACGUUCGAGCAAACCCUCUAAGGGGAAUAAACCUAAUAAAAUGCAAGAACACGCAAAUGUAAAAUUUUCACAACCGGUUAAAAAUGAAACCUCAAAAGGAAAAAUAAUUCAAAAUGAUAGUGAUAUAAAAAUAAAAACUACCUUCAAAGUACGUUCAGAUAUUGCUGAAAAACCAUCAAAAGUAAUGCCUUCUUCAGCAGCCAAAGCACAAUCUAAACCAGGCACUAAAACACUAAAGCAGGAGAGUAGUGCAUAUGAAUCACAGAGUAAAGGUAAAGCCAGUUCAAAGCAUCAGCCACCUUUAACAUCUGGUUCUAAAAUUCCUCUCAAGAUUAAAAGUGUUAGUCCCCUUAAUGCCCAACAGUCUAAACACACUGAUGUCAGAAAAAUGGGAGAUCCGAAAGGAACUCCUACUUCUAUAAGAAAAGGUGGUGUCACCAGUGUUGAGUCUAUGAAAGGAAAGAAACCCGAACAAAUUGGAUCGAAUCAAUCUCUAAAAAAGAAAACACUCGACAAUGUAGAAUCAGGUAUUCAACAAAUUAACAAAAAUGCAAAAAAAUUACUUUCAAACAAUGAUCCAUCUAGAGAAACUCUGGGAAAGCAAACUCCCACGGAAACAGUGUCCAAAACAACCAUUAAAAAAGGUUCUAAAAAAGAUAAAAAUGCAUCAAAAGGGAAAGGAAAAUUGAAAAAAAAGAAAAAAGUUGAGAAAAACAGGAUAUCAAUCUCACCAUUUGAAAGCCCGGUCAAAGAGCUACCACCUCAAGUAAGAAGGAUUAUACCUAAGAAAAAAGAAAUACCAAAAGAUAUGGUCAUGGAUGAGGAAGAAUCUGGAUUAGAUGAAGAAAAGAAAGUAAAAGAGAAAAAAUAUUACUGUCCGGCUUGUGACCCAGAAGAGGAGUCUAAAAGAAAACGGAUUAUUUUACUGUCAGACGGUUGUAGUAAAGAGUACCUUUUUAGACAUGAUGAGGAGAAAAAAGGGCUGAGUAAAGCAUCCAUCCAUAAAGAUUCCUUAUAUAGUAGUAAGCCAAAAUCCAAAAAAAAGGAUGUUAGACCAUCUUUGCCAUCAUUUGGUUCAAAUAUAUUAAAUUCAGGCAAAAAGCUAUUAAAGGAAAGGGAAAAAGCAACUGAAAAACAGAAUAGGGACAAAAAACUCACUCCUGCUAACCAACAAAAAAUAUCAGAUGAAGAAGAAAGUGAAUCCACAUCAUCUUCUAGUGAAACAUCAUCUUCGUCUUCAAGUGAUUCAGACCAAGAGGUUAGGCAUACUUGUAAGUGCAAUAGAGAAGUAUGCAGGCGACUAUACAAAAAGUAUGGAAAAUGUAUAGCUCCUAGACAAAUAAGUGAUAAAAAGAUGAUUCCAUCAGAAUUUCAAGAAUAUUCUGAAAUAUCAGAACUGACCCACAAGUCAAAAGUCUCAAUUAGUAGUAAGGCAGAACAGAAAGAUUUUAUAACACUCAUGGAAAAGCCUCAACCGUGGAAAGCAACGCAAAAUAGCAUUACAAAUCCAAUUAUGAAAGGUGAAAAACCAACUCAGAGAGAAACGAAUGAAGUGUUUAAGACAUCAGAAAAAUACAAAAAAAUGCGAGAGGGUUUUUUACCUGUUUAUUUCUAUGACAAAGAUGGUCGAAAAUACAGUGUUGACAGUUCAGGGAAAACGUACCAUUUAACUAGUGAAGGACAUCUUCUGCCAGAAAAUGUUGAACUUAACAUUUUUGCAGUUAAAGCUUCAGGUUCAAAAUUCUUUGUUGACAAUGAAGGACACUUGUACAAAAGAGACAACCAAGGAAAGGAACAUCUUAUUGGUACUGGUGAGAGGUAUAGAGUAGAUUAUAAAGGCCGAAAAUACUUCUUAGACAAAGAUGGUAAAAAGUUCAUUGUUGACGUUAAUGGCAAUGUACUUCUGUUUGAUGAUGAUCAUCAAAGGUACAGCCUUGACGCGUCAGGGAAGAAAAUGUUCCUUCUUCCAGAAGGACACAAGGGAAACAUUCGUUUUGAUUCAAAAGGGAAUUUAAUCAAACCGCAAAUUAACAAAGCAAACGAUGACUCAUUAGAUGAUAUUUCCAAACUUAUACAAAGUGGAAAAGUUUAUGUCGACUCAGAAGGACAAAGGGCAAUAGUAGAAAAAGAUGAAAUGCUCUUUUAUAUUAGUUCAGAGGGAAAGAAACAUAUCCUACACCCAGAAACAAACAUGUACAGGGUAGGCAGUGAUGGGAAAAUAUAUCUAGAAGAUUCUGAUGGCCUCAAAUAUUUUUCAAAAUAUACUGGAGAAGGAGCAACUAAAGUUGAUGAAAGCCUUAUUAAGAUGUUGACUUCUCCUGUUGGAAGUGAAGAAAGAGGAGUGAGUUUUGGCCCUAUCUCAGCAAUAAAUGAUUUGGGAGCGAAUGACUUUGUGGUUAAAGAUUUAAAAAGUACAAUUGCCCGGCCUCCAACACCAGGAGCUAAUUUUUAUGAGGGAAAGUACGGAAUUAAAAAAAUACACAGGCUGGCUGAUUUAACGAACAAUGCUGCAAGUCAUCCAGAGCUUGACAGGAUCUUUGUGCAGAAGCGCAAGUUGUUCGACUGUGCUCAUGUCGUGCUCAAGAGAGUUCUUGCCUAUGCUCUUUGGAAGAUCACCAAGCUUGAAGAAAAUGACUUACUUACAUUGCCCAUAUUCUUGAGGAAUAUGCAAAGGCCAAAAAUGAAGGCUAUGGAGAUGGUGGAAGGAAUUACAAAAAUAUCUCUAUACUACCCGAUGAAGUAUUUAACCAGCAAACGUUUAGCACCUUAUGUAGAUAUAUUAGUGAGGCACAUACUCUACACGAAAAACUUUGAUAUUUUUGCUCGACCCGAUCGUUUGACUGAACCAGAUUUAUCAGUAUCUGGCGAGGAGCAACCUACAGAAGAUACUUUAGAUAAAUAUUUCAAAGAUUUAAGGAAUGAACUAGUUUCUAGAAAAUAUUCAUACAUAUCUUACAAUGAAAAUGAUCCGCUUGAUGUUACGGUGGAGGUAGAGAAAGAUGGAACAAGGAAAAUCCACACUCACAAUGUUGGGACAAAUAUUCCCAAUCUCCCUGGAUAUUAUUCUAGUGGGCACACAACGAAUAGAGCUCCACUCACUGCUAGUGGACCUGUCAAACAAAUAAAACCUGAGUCCAUGCAAGACAAAACUACAGAUUAUGACUCAAAACAAGAUUUGACCCAACCAAAACAACAAAGCGAAGAGAAAAUCCAGGAAUUCCCUCAACAUACUCCAGGUCCUCCGAUUUCAUUGGAUUGUAUUCCCACUUUAACAUCCUCCCAAACUCCAUCUGAAAUGGCCCGUAUAUUAACUCAACUUAGAAAUCAAGCAUUAGAAAUGAGAAGGCUGCGUCAAAUGAAAAAACCACCAAAUAAGAACUUAUUAAGGAAACCAAGAAUGAAAUUUGUAAGGUCUAAGAGCCGGAAAGGACGUUUCCGUCAAACUAGCAAGGGACGCCAAAAACUAAAGAAUAGAAAGAAGAAGCAAUAUAAGAAAAAACAAAAACUAACAAGUAAAAAACAGAUUAAAAAAACAUUUAUUUAUUCUUUUGGAAGAUUAGAAGAUAUUUACAGCGAUAUAAGUCUGUGUGAUGAUAUAACAGUCACAGAAACAGACAAAAGUGCCUCUUAUACUCAUCAUUCAAAGAGUGUGAAUAGUAAAAGAGAAAUUAUCGAAGCACCACAAUCCACAGAUAAUGCAGUAGCACAACAGCAGCAAGAAUCAAGUACUGCAGCAUCGAAUCUAAAAGUUAUCAACGCUUCUAAAUCAUCAGUCCCAUCGAGAUCUCAUACUGAAAUGGGCCAGCAAAACAAGUUUGAACUUGAAUCUAAAAGUAAGCCAACAAAGAGAAGUUUCUACGCUCAACCUAAAGACUUUAUAAUUGAAAAACAAAUGUCAACAACGGGCCAGUCAAAUCAAUUAGCCACUGAGAAAUCUGAUGAUUUCAUAUUGCAAACCUCUAGCCAACUGGAAUGCUAUUGUGUUAAAGAAUUUCAAAAGGAGAAAUCCGUCGACAGUCAUAGAAGUUCAAAAAUAGAAAAGCGAAAUAGUACAAAACUAAAAGAAACUACUAAGUUUAAACCUAAAGCAAAAGAUAUUCCAGAAGAUAAGAAUUUAUCGUCAUCGGAUGAAGAAGAAGAAGAGGAAGAAGAUGAUGACAAUGAUGAAAAUGAUGAUAGUGAAGACAGUUCAGAAGAUGAAAGUUCAGAUGAUGAAGAUGAUGAGGAUGAUGAUGACGAUGACAGCGAUGAAGAAGAAGAAGAAGACGAUGAGGAAGUGGAAGAAGAAGAGAUGAGGAAGUCCAAGAAAAAGAAAGGAAAGAAACAAAAAAUAAAACUUAAAGAAGAAAAUGCUAAUGAUGAAGUGGCUUCAUUCAAAAGCAAAAAAAAAUAUUCAACUGUGGAAAAAAUAUCUGCAAAAAGUCCAGCAAAAGAAAUUCGAGGUGCUGAGAAAGAAAAAUCAGAUGGUAAACAAAUUGACAUACCAGUGUUUAGCAUUGACGAUGUUAAACAAGUGAAUUGGGAGUUGUACAUACCUGGAUUUAAAAGAAAAACACAUAUGUUAUUCUUAUUGAAAUUAUUCCAAACCAAAUUAGGAAAUUGCAUAAAUUUUCCUGAUUGUGAAUGUACUUGUGAUGUUUCAGUUCCUGAAUUUAUGAACCGCCUUGACCCAAAUGUUUUGCUAGGAAUCUUAAUCAAUUCGAAAAGGGAGAAACCUAAGCCAAAAAAGAGGUGGGGAUUUCAAAUUGAUGAUAUUGCUAUUAAUUCACAACUAAAACCAGAAGCCCGCAUUGAAAAGUUAGAGGAAAUUUUAAAGAAUAAACUAGGCACUUAUACAGUUGAAAAGCAGAGAAAAUCACAGGAAUUGUCAGAUGAAAAACUACCAGAUAUUUUAGAAAACCAGAUUAGUUUAUUAAAUGUAAAUACAAGUCCUGAAUUGCAAAAACAAAAUUUUGGACCAUGUGUAUGUCCAAAUAGUUGCUUACUAGAAGAAACUCUGGUAAAAGUUCAAGAAGAACUGCUAAAUAAUAUUAAAAUCGCCAGGGAAAUAAAAGCUAUGCCAAACAAAGGUCUGGGGGCAAAGUAUAGAAGACGAUUCAUACAACUUGAUCCCAAAACACUUAAGAUGUUUAAAGGAGGAAAGGUGUGUUUGGCAGCCAGAGAACAAGAAGAGAAAGAAGAAAAGGAGAGAAAAGAACGUUUGCUACGGGAAAGAGAGGAAGAAGAGGCUCGCCAUCUUGCAGAGGCUCUGGUACCAAAGGCCAGUGCAGAAGCCUUAACCGAGAAAGAAAAAGUCAGAUUUGGCGACAACGUGGAAUUUGAAUAUUCAAGGAAAGUUGUAAGCGAAAUUACCAGUACGGUUGAAACAACAAACACUGAUACCUCGGUUAAAAAGAAAACUAAAAAGAGCACAAGUAGCAAAAGUAAAACGUCAACCUCAACGAAAACUACAACAAAGACUUCUAAGAAGAAAAAGACAAAAACUAAAACUGUUACUAGGAGUAAAAGUAAAAAAGGUAAAGGACGUAAGAAAUAGAAAACAUCAGCUGUUCAUAAAAAACUAUGUAUGACUGCAAAUUGAAUAUCCUAAUUAAACUUCAAUUAUUUUAAAA